AGUGCACUUCAUUUAUUGCUAACAGUUUAUGAUAUUAUUUAUAGGUGGGGUCGCAUCCCAGCGCUCAGAGUCUGCGGAAUGGAGGGGAAACGGAGGGUUCGUUGGGGAGGGGAGGGGAAAUGUAAGUCCAAAUCCCCAGCCCCACAGUCAGCGUCUGGGUUCUCUGUGCGCCGCUUUCUUCUCUUUGGAGGUCCUGAGUAGCACGUUCUGUCGCGGCCCACCCCGACUGCGCUGCGGGCAGUGGGCGUUUGCUGCCGGACCCCCCACGCUCGACCUUAAACUUGACUUGCAGGCUGGAGGCGCCACCAUUGCGAGUGGAGUGGGCGGGGGUUGGAAGGCAGGAGGGACCACGAACUGGAUGGUGGAAAGGGCGGGGGCUGCUCGUUCGCGUUACCCCGUAGCGAAGAUCCGGGUCGCCCGGCUCCCACUCCGGGCUUGAGGAUGCUGCAGGGGUCAGCGUCGCGUUGCCGCCGCAGAUGGAACCGGGGUGAAGGAGACGUGGCGACGCCCGAGAUCUGUGCGGCGAGAGGGUGGUUGGGAGGCGGAGACCGGGCGGCGGAAGGUGCUGGAGGGAGCCCAGCCAUCUGCAGCGCUGCGCGGGCGGGCGGGUGUGCUUCCUGCCGUGUUACCGCACUGGCUACUGAUCUGUCACAGCCAGCGAGCUAGCCCAGGAUCCUGAACUGUCCGAGGAUGAGCGUUUAGAGGACCGGAAUAGAGCAGGAUGCAGAGCCCUGGUUGGUGUCGAUCUGAGGAUGUGGGUUUUGCCUUGCCAGGAGAAGCCUUGUGGCUGGUGAUGUUCUGUGUUUGUUUUUUUUUUAGUAACCGCUUCAUGUAGGUGAGAGAUUUCACAGGAGGCGACAAAGACGAGACUCCGGGUGGAAAUAGCCAGGGAAUUUGGAGUCCCUAAAGCUCCACUGGCCUUUCUGAGCUUCAGACUGAAAACGUGCAGCAAGGCCGCUUAAGCCCUUUGCACUCAUCCUCCACCAGUGCGGAGGAAGGAAUGAGAUUGUCGCCGGUGUCAGAAUGAGUGACAAGUGACGGAUUAUAAUGGUCUUGAAGAAGAGUAGUGAUGUCAUGGUAUUAGAGGAAGAGAACAGAUGCACCACUGGGUAAUAAAGUAGUUACAAUUUUUGAGCAGUGAGUUCUUGUUAAUGUUUUUUUCUUGCAACCAUAGGCACUUUCUGUUGACACAGGCAACUUCCUUGACUAGAAUCUUACUUAGAGAAGAGGAAAGAAGAGGGGAGAUGUGCUGUUGAUGUAGUAUAGAAUGCCAAGGAAAAUCCUUAAAUGAAGUAUAAAGGUACAGGUUUGGAACGUGGUGUAUGAAUUGUAUCCACAUUAACAAAGAUGUUUUAAAAUAUAUCUAUGGAAUUAGAAUAAUGAACACUUUUCACGACUUUCCUUCCUCUAAACAUCUAAACAUGUUCACAUCAAACCCAAGGGGAAUCAUUUGGGGUUUUUAUUGUUGUUCUUUCCCUCAUGAACAUUAUUAUACUUUGUUUCCCUUCCUCCCAGCAGAGUACUGAUAAAAUAUUGGAGCCCACAUUUCCUGAAAUAUUUGAAUUUACUGGGAUGCGCUGCUUGUCUUUAAAAAAGUUGAUAAAUAUUUGAGAAUAUUAAAAUUCCAUGUGUAUCCUUUGUGCAAGUUACUGAUGUAAAGUUGCAUCAUUUUUCUUGAAGACAUUCCAUUAUUGUUCUGUUGGUCUUUCCCUCAUUCCCGAGUCCUUUGGAGUUGAGGUAUGUCCACAGCUGCCUUAAUUACUUUGGUGAGAAGCGGUGGGAACCACGUGAGAAGGAGAGUGCUGCUAAGCUCCCGCCUACUGCAGGACGACAAGCGGCUGACACCCACCUGCCACAGCUCCACGUCGGAGCCCAGGUGUUCUCGGUUUGAUCCGGAUGGUAGUGGGCGUCCGGCCACCUGGGAUAAUUUUGGGAUCUGGGAUAACCGCAUCGAUGAGCCCAUUCUGCUGCCGCCCAGCAUUAAGUAUGGCAAGCCAAUUCCCAAAAUCAGCCUGGAGAACGUGGGCUGCGCCUCGCAUAUUGGGAAACGGAAAGAGAAUGAAGACCGGUUUGACAGCGCUCAGCUGACAGAUGAGGUCCUGUACUUCGCGGUGUAUGACGGCCACGGCGGACCUGCAGCCGCGGAUUUCUGUCACACCCACAUGGAGAAAUGCAUCAUGGACUUGCUUCCUAAGGAGAAGAACUUGGAAACUGUGUUGACCUUGGCUUUUCUACAAAUAGAUAAAGCGUUUUCAAGGCACGCCCACCUGUCUGCGGAUGCAACCCUUCUGACCUCUGGGACUACUGCAACGGUAGCCCUGGUGAGAGAUGGUAUUGAACUGGUUGUAGCCAGUGUUGGGGAUAGCCGGGCUAUUUUGUGUAGAAAAGGAAAACCUAUGAAGCUGACCAUUGACCAUACUCCAGAAAGAAAAGAUGAAAAAGAAAGGAUCAAGAAAUGUGGUGGUUUUGUGGCUUGGAAUAGUUUGGGACAGCCUCACGUGAAUGGCAGACUUGCAAUGACAAGGAGUCUUGGAGACUUGGAUCUUAAAACCAGUGGUGUGAUAGCAGAACCAGAAACAAAGAGGAUUAAGCUACAUCAUGCUGAUGACAGCUUCCUGGUCCUCACUACAGAUGGAAUUAAUUUCAUGGUGAAUAGUCAAGAGAUCUGUGACUUUGUCAACCAGUGCCAUGAUCCCAACGAAGCAGCCCACGCAGUGAUUGAACAGGCAAUACAGUAUGGUAGUGAAGAUAAUAGUACUGUGGUCGUAGUGCCUUUUGGUGCGUGGGGAAAGUACAAGAACUCUGAAAUCAACUUCUCAUUCAGCAGAAGCUUUGCCUCCAGCGGACGAUGGGCCUGAUUGCUUGCUGGGACAUUGAAUUGUUGUGAAACACUUGUUCACUGAGCAUGUCAAGAAACUUACUAUGUCAAACAAGUGUCAGGCUGACUCUGUGACUCACUAGAUCUGUACACAAAUCAGUGUAAGUGUAUUAACCAUUUACAUUGUAGCUUUUCAUAAAUAUCUGUCUUAUUUAUGUUCAACUGUACAUACUCGGUAUCAGUAUACAUGUAAUUCAGCUAUUGGGAGUCUCAAGUUGAGUGAGCAAAUGAAAAGUGGCUUUGACACACUUGCUGAGUGUUAUAUGUCUAAUUUUUAAAACUCUUAGGCAGCUAUGAGUUUCUUUUGAUGGUUUUUAUCCUUCAUUCAAUCUGUUGGAACAGAUUCUUGCCUUCAAGUUCUUCAGCACUGAUAGGUAUUUUGACAGCUCUGCAGUGUGUUAGCUGCAAGUGUUUGUUUUUAAUAGUUCUGCCAAGGAGUAAGUGUGAAAACUGAGUUCUCUGUGACUAUAUUUUGUAUUCUGGACCACUUACUGGUAAACUUCCCAAUGCAAAAGACAUUAAUUCAGAUAAUAUGACCCUGCUAAAGUGUGUGGCUAUUUACAACAGUGCACUUUCGUAUUCCAGCUGUGUCCCUUGGUCUCCAUUCUUCUCUUUCUGUAGCUAAGAAUGCUAUAUAGCUACAUGGACUACUCCUUUAUAUCAGAAAAGUUAUGUACAGGCUGAGUCUUUUGGUCAAACCUACACAAACAAAUACUGACAGUAGCAAGUAUUUUGUAUAAAGUUUCCAUUUGUUAGCUCUAACUCUGUGUUUUGUAUAUAGUAUGUUUAUGUACUGUUGUAUAAAGUAAGCAAGUUGGAUAAUGUGUCAGUAAAAAUAAUACCACAUUGACUGACAAUGCUAUAGACAUAGUAUGAGGUUUGUCUCCUUUUCGCUUAUUUCUGUGAUUCAUAGUGUAGAAUAAAUCUAAAACAUGAAAGCAUUCUAUAUUUCAGCUUGCUAAUGUAAUUUAGGAAUGUAAAACUAUACUUCUUUAUAUAUGCAUGUAAGUUUGCUGUUAAAAUGUGAAUCUCUACAUGCGUGUUUGGAAUUUUAUCUGCAGUUUACUUUUGCAGACAAUGUAAAUUGGUUAUAUGUGUGGGUGUAUGUACCUAUGUAAAUUUUGGAGUCAUGGAGAAUUAAAGGGAACAAGCCUGCAUAGCUCCUUCACCAGUUAGCUUUAAAUUAUUGAUAAGUUUAUCCCCAAGGACUCUUGACAAACAGAGGGCAGUUUUAUAGCGGAGAACCAAUGGUUAUUGGCAGGUGAGGAAGUGAAAUUAAAAUGGCUGUGGGUGAUAUUUUGUGGUGGGUAAUUGAUAUGAAAAACACAGAAGCAGACCAGCAUGUUGAAGCUACAUUGCUGUAUGGUAAUUUGCAAAUAAAAUAGUAGGACGUGAGGAAAAUACUGAGUGUUAAGAAUGAUGUGGAGUUUUAUUGCAGAGACAAAGAAAGAAAGAAACCAAGAAGGUAAAGUUGGUGGAGUGUAUAUCUUCCAAUCUCACUUUUCAUGGUCGACUAUUUUUCUGUCUUUAUGUUUUAUUUAAAGGUUUGUUGUUAGAAGGAACAUGGUCCAAUAUAAAUAUUCACAUCUUCUCAUCUUUUUGAGAAUAGAAAAAAAUAAAUCUUGAGUUUUCCUGCAUAUAUUAAUCAGGAAUUUUCCUUUGGUAAAAAUGGUGACAAAUAUUUCAAUUUUUUUUUUCCCCAAGGAAGCUUAGUGAAAGUAAAAAACAUUGAGGAAAGCAAAUAGUCUCCUGUUCAUUGUCUGGGAAGUGAGGAACCAGAGGUAGCCUAAGAAAGCUGGAAAACUUCCUUGGUUCUUUCUGAGUUAGGUCCCAGAACCUAAAUAUAGAAGCUUCGCUUAGGAGUAUGGAGAAUUUCCAGACUAAAAAGCAAACAAAAACUCUAAAGCACAAAAUGAUAUUCUGAAUAUGUAGAUUUAAUUUUUUUUUUUUAAGAUUUUAUUUAUUUAUUUGACAGAC